UUUUAGUGCCACCGAUGCCCUGUUGGUGCCAUCACCACUUCUUCGUCUUGAGCUGUAACUGCGCCGUCGAGGUGGAGCCAGCCGUUAGUGACGGUCGUCCUCCAUGUGUGGAUUAGUGGGGCUCAGAAAACCCAGAUUUUGUGAAGUGUGAUGAGUCGUAAGGCCAUUUUGCCAUUGGUUGUACCUAAUGCGAACUUUGUGUCAUUUUUAUUUUUGAAUUCCGAAGCAGUUAUUGCAUUUGCUUGGCAGUGAAGAAAACAAGCCAUGUUUUGUGGAAUAAUUAUAGUAUAACUAACUGUAUGGCCAGCGGCGACAUUCUCAUCGCAUCGUGAAGUGUAUUUGAAGAGGCGAUGCCUCAGUAUGACGAUGCUAUGUUGGACCACUUAGCUGUGGGCGUGAAGAAUGUCUUUUGGCCUGACCAGCCCAUCACGCCCAAAACUCGCGCACGGACCUACUCCGCCCGCAGCCUGUUGGCUUCCUUGAGGAAGCACCACCGUGACUGCUACACUGUAUCGACUCCCACUUCGACCACUCAAACCCUGGCCGGGACGCUGUCCUCCCUACCGCCCCGGGAUCCAAACGCCCCUCGCCAAUACGCCCUCAAUCGCAGCCGGAGCUACACGGAAGCCCGGAUCUCGCACGUCGUCUCUUCCCCCACGUGGUCCUGCACGCCCUCCCCGACGUUGCCCCAGAAGCGUCUGUCUCCUGCGAAUGUCAUCAGUGGAGGACUGUCAACGCCUUCGUCCCUCGACUCGAAUUAUCCCUACGUCUCCGUCUCUCCCGUCACGCCGCCCUCCGUCCCCACGGGGAUAAUACGAUCCCUCUCGACGUCUUCGUGUCCCCGUGGGAACAGCAUCAGCCCGACCCCGACGCCACCUUCGACUCCCAUUAGCGGGCGGUCCCCCGUCGCGAGGGAAUCCAAGAGUGUGGAGGAUUUCAUCGAUGAAAUCGGCCGCCCUCCAGUUCCUUACAGACACGACAGGCAGUGGAGUGAGGAUUCGGUGGGGUGGGUGUCGUCAUCAGCCUGUGGGAGCUCCCCGUCCCCGCCUCGCUCAUCGUCUUCUGCAAGAUGCUUCCCACCCAUCCCCAGCAGGAAUUACGGGCGCUCGGCCACGGCGCCAGGUAGUCCGACGGAGUUCUCGACUCGCCAUAGCAUCGUGCAGGGCGGCAAGGCAGAUUGGGAGGACGACGAAAUCGAGGGGAAAGGGCAUGAGGUGGACGGGGACCACUGGGUAUUGUGUACCCUGGGACGCCCUUGUGGCUCCGGUGCUAAGAAUCGUCGCGUCCUUAAGAUGAACCAGAUGUCCAUGGAGAAAAAUGCUGAGCAAUACAGAAAGUGGUUGAAAGACAACCCCAAACCCAGCAAGGGAGGAUCGUUCAUAAGGGCACUCUCCUUCAAGAGCAGACUUGGAGGAAAAUUCAGCGGGAUGAAGUCGCCAUUACGGCCACAAGGUCCAGGUAGUAGAAUUGUUAAGGUUGAACCUAGUCAAACCAACGAGAGUUUAGAGAGCAAAGUGGAGCAUGUUUGGAGGGCUUUAGACUUCUACAAGGAUGUUGUGGAUAAAUCUAGUUCUGAAAUGCUUCCUGGCUCUGCUACGGUGGUAUUGGAAAUGAUUGUGGCUCUCAACCUUGCUCUCAAACCCUGCUUUGUAAACCAAAACAGUUCUGCAGUUGCUUCAGUAAUUGCCAGAGUUCACCAAAGUGUGGCAGAGUUGGUCCGAUGGAGUGAUCAGUUACUACUAUAUGGAGAAGAGGCGCAGAAUACACAAACCGUCCAUCAGGUUGUACAGGCUGUCAGAGUGGCCGUCCAGGCAUUGAUUGACCUUGCUGCUGACAAAGAAAAUCUAAACACAUCAGAUUCUAGUAUUCUAGAUGUAACUCCGUCCUCAAUUGAUAACAAUAAUACUGUGAAUUUUGAAAAGUCUUCUCCUUAUUACAGCAAUAGAAACUCAGACAGCGUAUCAUCAAAUCAUCGAAACUCUUUACCAGAAAUCAAAGCUGACUCUCCUGUAGAAAAUAGAAGCUUCCUCUCUCCUCGUGAUAGCAUAAAACUAACUCAUUCGCAGAGUUCUGACUCUAUUUUGAAUAGUUCUGAUGCAGAACCUCCACCUCCAAAACCUCCCUUGCCUGGUGGAAGAAUGGAAGUUGCCCCUCCUCUCCCACCAAAAACAAAAAGUCAUGGCAAAGGAGCUUUUAUGUCUGAUAAUGUGGUUGCAAAUCCAAUGUACCUUACCUCCCCUCUUGGACACAGUUCGCCCUUAAAUCGCAGUCCCAGAGAGAGUUCUUCUGAUUGGUCACAACAUAGCUUAGGUUCAGCAUCAUUCACAGCUUCUUUAGACAGAGUGUCUAGAGCAUCUCAUUCCUCCGAUCAGAUGUCCCCAGCCUCAAGCUUAGACUCUAUGAAUCAGUCUCAAGAGGAACCACAUUCAGUCCACCAAAGAAUUGUGAAUUCAUAUGGCACUUUACAGGAUCAGUUUGAUCUCAACUUUGAAAGGGCAUUGCACAAAAAUUUAGGUUUAGGCCUAGACAAUCAUAACCCCUUUGGGCACUCUCUUGACAUUGAUUCAUCAAGCCUGUUCCCAGAUUCAGGUUUCCCUUCAAUAUCGUCACUGCAGAGCUCCUCAUCAAAUUCAGCCUUCAAUAGCAUUAGCAGCAGUCAUUCGUUCAGCCACUCAGUGAAGCAGUCUUGUACACAAACUCAUAUAUCCUCAUCAUCUCAGGUUAGCAGUAAGGUGACACGUAGCAGUCAGCAUAUGAUAUCAUACCACAUGACCACUCGAUCAUCAACCUCAUCCACAGUAUCUUCCACAUCCUCAUCAUCCAGUGCCAGUGAGGGAGAAAGAGAGAAUCACAUAUUGUCAGUGGUUGUGCCUCCAGCAUUACCAGCAAAGAAGAGUCGUCUAGGACGACAAAUUUUAUCCACAUAUGAAAAUGUUGAUACAGACUCUGUAGAUGCACCAGAGUCAAGACUAAGGCUAAGAGAUGAUCCAAGCCCAAAGCUUCCACCAAAAGUUGGCACCUUGCUGGGAAGCAGUAGCAGUAGCAGCACCAGUAGUGUCAGCAGUGGUCAUAUGAGCAGCACAGUCAGUAUGGUGAGCAACAGCAGCACCAACAGCAGUCAAGGAAGUAAUGUUGUUCUGCGAAGACACACUGCGGUUCUUCAGACACAGCAUGGCUCAAAUGAAGAUGAUGAAAAUCCACCACCUUUGCCACUUAAAAAGAAACAUGUCAUGGACUACAUGAAGUUGUUUGGCCAAGUGGCAGAACCCAAUGAGAAUGAACUCCUGCGGCAUUCAGUACACCAGAUGCAUCUCAUCUCAAGUUCUGACUGGUUUACACAAGAGAAUGAGUUGGAGUUGAUUCAUUCAGCUCAGUAUUCAGAAAUUAUCACUGGGAUGGACAUCUCAAUGCAUCCCCCAGAACUACCUCCAAAGCAGAAUAAACGUCUGAAUGUCCCUGCUAUUAGGCAGUCUUUACCUGCAACACCUAAACUUAUUCCUAUUUCAUAUUCAAAUGAUGCCCCAAGAGAGAGUUCCCUCAUCAACUUCCAUAGAAAAUCAACCGAAGAGAAAGAUGAACCAGAGGAAGUGCUGAUCAGGGAUCAGGUUGUGGAAGUUGACAGAAAAUCAUUAGAGAGGAAGGAUGAGGAAGUUGUAGAGGAGAAGAAAAAAGAAGAACUAGAGGAAGAGGAUGAAAAGGAAGGUCCACUGGAUCUUCUUGAUGUAACAGAGUACCUAAUAUACAAAAAAGAAGGUGAAGAAGGACCAGAUAUAAGAGGUGGUCCUGUGGAUGCACUUAUUGUUCAUGCUUCAAAGGCUAAUCAAAGGGAUUUCUUGUAUCAAGAAGCCUUUUUAACAACAUACCGUACUUUCAUUUCUCCUGGACUCCUUAUUGAGAAGCUCUUAAAUCGUUAUCAUAAAUUUAUCAAGACAUCGGACAUGGAAAGACAAAAAGCUGCUCGUAAUGCUUUUUCUCUUCUGGUACGAGUUGUGGAUGAUUUGGCCAUAACAGAUUUAAAUAUGGAAACACUGGAAACGCUAACAAAUUUUGAGUACAACUUGCUGUGUCGUGGUGAAUUACUUCUUGCAAGAGCCCUUAGAAAAAAAAUUGUAGAAAAAUUGGAGGCUAGGAAAAGAUAUCAUGCUCCAAAAGAAAGUCUUUGCAUAGCAUCUUUAGGUAUAACAACAAAGCAAGCAUAUUUGUUGGAAUUCAAGUCCAGAGAAAUUGCAGAGCAAAUGACUUUGUUGGAUGCAGAACUGUUUGAUGUCAUGGAAAUACCUGAAGUUUUGCUCUGGGCACAGGAGCAAAAUGAAGAAAAAUCUCCAAAUCUCACAACAUUCACCGAACACUUUAACAAAAUGUCUUAUUGGGCACGUUCUCGAAUACUGGAACACGAAGAUGCUCGGGAUCGAGAAAAGUGUGUCAUGAAGUUUAUAAAGAUUAUGAAACACCUACGAAAUGCAAACAACUUCAACUCUUACUUAGCCAUCCUGUCUGCACUAGAUUCUGCCCCUAUCAGAAGGUUGGAGUGGCAGAAGAACAUUACUGAUGGUUUGAAGGAGUACUGUGCUUUGAUAGAUUCCUCUUGUGCAUUCAGAGCUUACAGACAGGCACUUUCAGAAACUUCACCUCCAUGCAUUCCUUAUAUUGGGCUGAUCCUGCAAGAUUUAACAUUUGUCAAUAUUGGGAACACUCAGUUUAUGCCAGAUGGAAAUGUUAACUUUUCUAAACGGUGGCAGCAGUACAACAUUCUGGAUAAUAUGAAACGAUUUAAGAAAUGUCAAUAUCCAUUCAAGAAGAAUGAAAAGAUUAUUGCUUUCUUCAAUAAUUUUGAUGACUACCUGAAUGAAGAGGCACUAUGGCACAUCUCUGAAUCCAUAAAACCUCGAGGAGGUAAGAAAAAGUGAAUCUGAUCCUCAGAUAUUUUUAUGUUAAUAUUUUAAUAAUGAUACACGAAGGUGAUAAUCAGUGGUUUCCAGUUUGCAGUGUGAAAUAUAAAUUAUUUAGAAAUGUUUUCUGUACUGGAAGAUAGUACCAUAGGUAAACUAUGUUGUAAAUAGUAAGCCUAUGGGAAACACAGAUGGCCAUCUUAGGCAAAUCUCUUAUGAAAAGAAUUGCAGAGGAACGGAGGUUGGUUCUUAAAGGAUUUCAGGAUCAGUCUAUAAAGAAAGGCACUGUAUUACAUAGCCUAUCCUCUAUACUACUAGCCAUUUGUAUUAUGUAUGUGUAGUUCAGUCAGAUAUAAAGGUGCUUAAUAUGAAGCCUCGCUGGCUUCACAUAAACUUUGUGACCACAAUGUGUGUAGAAAGUGCCAGUAAUACCUAUACAGACACUCAAGUUUGAUAUUUCUCUUUCUUACCUGUAUAGCAAUAAUAAAUACUGUUAUGCAAAUAUAUUGCUAACUUACAAAUUAAGAGAAUUAAUAUUUUAGCAUAUAUGAAAUAUGCAGAGAUAUAGUACAUAUACAAUUCAUCAUGGAGGUGUCAGGUAGAUUUGAUUACUACUGAUUUCAAAAUGACAAGUAUUGUCUUUAUUUCAUGUCAAAAUGAGCUUAGGCAAUUUGGUGUCUGUGUAAGUACUGGGGUACUUCCUAAAGUAAUUAUGUAGAACAGUAAGUUUAUUUUGACUGUGUAGUAACUUCUAAUUGAGACUACUUGUAGCUACAGAGUAUGCUGCAGAUUUUUAUUAUACAACAUGAUGCAAAUAAAGAAUCAAAGGGUUUUUUAGGUAGGCCAACAUUGUAAAUAAUUGUACAGUAUAUUCAGAUGAAUUAUGUUGCAUUUUUUUGCAUUAUGCUAAGGUUUACAGUCAAAAGAUAGCCAACUUGUGUUCUCAGUCAAGCAAAUAUUUUCAACUGAUGUGAUAAAUCUGUAAUAAUGAGAGCCUGUUCUGUGUAAGUUACAGGUACUUACAGAAUUCACAUUAUUUCUCUUUUUAGAUAUUGAUGGUGUAAUGGAGUUCAUGUAGGCUAGUCAAAGCACAACAUAUACCUGUUUAUGUUGCAGUACAAUAGGUUUUCAAUUUCAAUGGACAUGACUGCCGUAUGAUAAUCUGCUUUCAGUAUUGCAUGGCUUAUAUAUGUUCUCAUGGCAAUACUAGACUUAAGAUUCAGUGUCAUCAUGAUACCAUAUAUGACAACUGGUCCAAUUUCCAUUUGAUUAGCUUUUUAGAAGCUACUACUCAAGCUGGAACUUUUCCCACAAGUGAAAAUUUGUAAAUACUAUAACCUAAAAUCAAGAAAAAACCAAGUUUAUGUAUGUUAGGGCCAACGUAUAUAAGCCACUCCUCUCAGUAUGAAAGUUGUAAGUAGUCUACCUGUGCUCUAAAUUACACCAUUGUAAGCCAAAGACGUAGCCCCAAGGUUACAAAUAAAGAGUAUCAGUCCAAAGAUUAUUCCUGAUUACUUGUUCAUUUGGUGAUGGUAGGAAGAAGUACUUUUUUGUGUAGGGGUACUAACUGAAAUGUGAGUUUGAUACUGACAAGAUUCAAUUAUCCCUGUGGUUGUUGUUGCUGUAGAGUAAUGUCACAAUAUAAUCAAAGGUCACAAGUCGAUUCAUCCAUACUUGCAGGAUUUUUAUUAUUAACCAGACAACUGAAUUAAGGUUCUUAACCUUUGCAUUUACUGUAAAGUUUGGGAAGUACCAUUUGCUGAAUCUCAUCUAGUGCUCUUGGAUUGGUGCAUCAGCAUUUGGAUAAGUACAUGGCUUUAUGUUAAUGAUUGUCAAGUUUCUCUCCUAUGUUAUAGUAUAUAUGCCUGUAGCCAGCCCAUUCAAAUUUAUUUCAGUAAUACAUUUGGUAAUGAUAAUUCUAUUUGGUGUACAGUAUUUAUGUUACUGUUGAUUGUUUUUGUGAACCCGAAGCUUUUAAUCAUCAUUACCAAUCCACUGAGUUAGUGAAACAACUUUCAAGGUUUACUUUGUUUUUUUGUAUUUGCCUUGACAUUGUAAUUUCCCAGAGCAGGAAAUCAGUUCCUGGUACUUUGUGUUAGCUCAAACACCCAGAUGGGAGGUACAUCAACUUGUACAAUAGAUAUUCACUGUCUUUGUAUAGUGUCUGGUUUGUCAUAUCAACUUGACUUGAGGUGUUUUCAUACAUGUACAGUAUCAAAAUCUGUUGGAGGAAGUUUGCAUGGAAGCAGAACGCUCGUAAUAUAUUGUGCAUUUGUACAUACAAUAUAUCUAUAUAUAUACAGAAAUUUAUUUUUACAUAAAUUUUACCAUUUUUGGGUAAUUGCAAUAUUUUGCACACAAUACAUUGAAAGUUUUCAGCCUUUUUUUGUAAUUUUGAUGUCAAUUUUUAGUUUCACAAUUGCUAUUAAUAAUGAACAACUCGCCAGAGAACUAAUGCCUUCCGUAUGUGUCACAACACAAGUGCUAAUUGUAUACUGGUACUAUUAUGCAUAUCAAAAUGAAGUCUCAUGAUAUUUGUAAAGUGAAUUAACUACAACAGUUUUUAAUUAAGUUUUAUUCAAACUUAAAUUCAGUAUAAACUUUACUCUCAAAACAUCCUUUUCUUUCUGUAGACAUUUCUGUUUACACGUCUGGUCAGAUUAUGCAUAGUGGAAGGUUUUGAAGGUAACAGUGUUGUGCAUAGAAACAUAGUUUUGCAUUAAAUAUGUAUACAUUUAUGUUUAUACACUGGCUGUGUUGUAUUGCCAUCUUUUAUUAAUAUGUACCAUGCAUAGAUCAAAUAUUUGUAAUAAAAGAUUGUAUGUAGUACUCAUGAAAGGAAAUAUGUCGAUUGUAAAGAAAUGACAAAUACUAGGUGGCUCAAAUGUUUUCAAUUUCAUUUUCAGAUGGUAAAUUUACCAGGAAAAUUUUAAGUUUUUAUUAUGUGCAAUAUUUUCAUUAAGGAUAAUGCAAUAUUGAUUUGUAAAAGAAAAAGAGAAAAUGUAGACUAACCAAAAGUUAGAUAUUUAAUUUUGAAAUUUUCAAAUUAAGAGUCAAAAAGAGUAGAGGUAAACAAUUGCUAUCUCUGUGAUACAGUUGAGAUACACUGUUGUUGCAGUGUUAGUUUCGUAUCUUCCCGUGUAAUGCUGAUCAUACUUUCCUUGAUUCAUCGAAUAAUAGUAAAGCCAAGCUACUAUGCUGUACAGAUUAUAAUUGCCUUUUAUUAAAAAUGCUUGUACAUAACUGUAAAAUUAUUUCAUGUAAGUGUACUGUAUCAGUGUUCACUAGCUCCUUUACAGUAUGGAGAUGUUUACAGUUUUUAAAAUAUGAUAAGGAAUGAGUAAGUGUUAAUGGUAAUUUGCACAAAAAUACCCAACUUUAUAUUCAGUCAGGUGAAACAUAGUCCUGGGAUUUUGUUUAUUUUUUUUCUUGGAAAUAUGAAUUAAAUUUUUAGUAAGGUUUAUUACUGGCAUCGCAGCAAAGGUAAAAAUUUUAUUUUCUCUGAUUUUCCUUUAGAAAAGGUUAUUAAAAAUUUCUCUUUGAGAGUGAUUUUCUGUGCCAUUUCACAGCAGUUGGUAAGAAUAUCUUUAAAAAGUCUACUUUUAUAAAUUAGAUAUGACUUCAGUGCUUUUAACUUUUCUGAGAAUCGGGCAUACUAAAGUGUAAUAAAUUUUUAAAUAGUUUUGAGGAAAUUUCAUGAAACAGUUCAAAACAAUGUAAAAUAUGUAAUAAAACAGUACUUUUAAACUCUGGACAGUCAAGUGUUCAUAGGUUUCACUUGUGGACACCACAAUAGUACCUCUUGAUUUAAAAUGAUGAAAAUAUUCUCUUUUAUAGAAUUAACAUACUUACAUCACAAAGGAAUUAAUUUGAAAAGUUUCCUCAUUCAUAUAUUUUCUUUAAUGAGGGGAUGGUUCCAGGUGUGGGUUCGGUUGUGUUAUAAUUGUGCAAGCCUAGUUUAGGAUUAUUUUGGUACAAAUAGCUGAUGUCCUUAGAUACAUAUGUGAUGUAGGUCACCCCAUCCUCUUGUCACAAGUAAUUUCAUGCAUGUACUUGCUAUAUUUUUUUCUGGUUUUGCCUGUUAUUCACUUUUUUUUAUUUCUUUUUUUAUGUGCACCUCACCCUUGUGACCAAAAGUACAGUAAAAUGCUUGCUGUUGUUUAUAAAAUGAAUACAUUUUCCUUAUGUGUACAGUCUAUUGUAAUAGAGGAAAGAUACAGAAAAGUAAGUAAUAGUUUUCAAGGUAGAAAAAAAGGUAACUAGUAAGGUUAUUGUGUCAGGAAUCCUCUCACUUGAGGUACAAACAAGGAAUCAGAGGCUAUGUUAAAGUACUUGGCCCCUUUUUCUAGUCAUUCAUAUAAGUCAGUUUGCACCAAGAGAUUUAUUUACUUUUUGGACUGUUAAAUAUAGAAUAAAUAGGACUAUUUUAAUGCAGUACAUGUAUAAGUUGCUAUAAUGUAAUGGUUUGUAUUGUGUCAUGUAAUUUUGUAAAGAAAAUAAAAUUAUGUCUCAA